AUGGCGAGCGGCACGGUGAAUCCGUCAGCACUGAAAGCCCCAGCUCCCGUAGGCUUGCCGAUCGCGUCGCGCGCCGAAGGACGUGGCAAGAAUCGAUCGCGGCGUGGUGUUGGCGUGAAGAUCCCGUCGGGCUUCCUCCAGGGCCACUCGAUCGCAAAGGCCUUACCGUUUUCGUCCAGAUCUGUUGAUUCUUUGCAUGGCAUCCAUCCCGGUCGAUUAUCUGGUAACCCGGUAACUCGUAGGUCGGCAGCAACGAAUGGCGAUAACGAAUGGCGGCUUUUCACGUCAGAUCCGUCCAGUGACGAGGAGAAUGAGCCCGUGAAAUCAGCCGUAACAAGCAGUGGCGAAGAGUUUUCGCAGACGAAUGGCGCUGAAAACGCAGCCGGGGGGAGCGCAGGGGGGAAAAGCGCAGCAGGGGAAAGCGCAGCGGAACCGAGCGCACAGGCUCAUGCAGCCGGCGCAAGUGCCCCCGAGGCGCCGCCGCCCGCACUCGAGGCCCCCCUUGCUUCGCCCGGUUCUUCUGGUUCCGCAACCGGCGUGCGGGGCUCCGAAUCGCCUCUUAGCGCGCUGCGCGUUAUGUUGGAAGUUGCGGAGCAAGAACUAGCAACGGCUCGGAACCGGUCUCUGGCCGCCGAAGUCGAGGCGCAGCGCGUCGCGGAGCGAGCGAUUGAGCUAAAGGACGCGGCUGUUGCGGCGGAGAACGCGGUGGAUGAGGUGCUGCGUGACGUGGAAUCUGAGCUGGCUUUCGAGGUGGCAGCGCAGAAGGCGCUGAACGCUGCUGACGCGGCGUUCGUUGCGCAAGAGGAGGCGACGACGGUGGCGGAAGCAGAAUUGCGCGCAGCGCUGCUAGAGUUCGUUAAUAGAGAGGGCGAAGCGGGAAGGUCAGAGGAGGAAGGAGGAGUGGGGAGCGCCGAUCCGGAAACAGGCGCGGGGGGAAAGCCUUCUGCGGAAAAAGUUACCGCGGAAAGGGUAGCCGCGCUGAAGACGGCUGCAAAAGAGGCGCAGGAAUUGCUGCAGGCGCGCAGGGAGGAGCUGCGGACGCGGCGGGAGGCGCUUACGCAGGUGCAGGCGCGCAAGGAGCGGCUGCUGCAGCUGGCGGCGGUGCGGGCGGAGCGCGCGGGGGAGGAGCGGAGGUUGGCGCAGGAGGCGGAGGAGCGCGCGGCAGCGAGCAUGGCGGCGGCGGAAGAGGCGGUGGCGGGGGAGGUGGAGGCGAAUAGGCGCGUGUCGGACGCGAGCAAGGCCAUCAGCAGGGCGGAGAAGCUGAGCAAAGACAUCGCCAAGGCAAGGGAGAAGGCGGCGCUGCUGACGGUGGAGAAGGAGGCGCUGCUGGCCAAUGAGGUGGCCCGGGCGUCUGCUGCGCUGGCAUCUACAGAGCGGGAGGAGCGCGAGGAGGCAGCCAAGGGAGAGAUUGUGGUGCCGAGCGGUGGUGAGGAGACUGGGAAGGAAGGGGGGUUCACUGGGGAGGUAGUGCCUGCUGCUGCAAGCAACGGUGGGUUGAAGAGUGCAGGUAGCAGUGCUACCGUUGCUGCUGCGCCUGUGGGAAAGGUUCCAGGGGAAGGGAACGGGGUGGCACGUGUCAGCCUGGAAUUGGACAAGGCAGGGACGGUGGAGAUAGAUGGGGGAGAGGUGGAAUCACCUGAUGCAGUCCCAGCUGCAUCAGCAGCCCCAGGAUCUGCACCAACUCCCAAAUCUGGCUCAUCAGCAUCAUCAUCAUCAUCAGCAUCAUCAUCAGCAUCAUCAGCAUCAGCAUCAGCAGGAGCAGCAUCGGGAAUGUCUAAGCCCAAAAAGUCCUCCCGCUGGGUCUCCGCAUCUUUCUUCUCUGCACCAGAUGACACCUCCCCCGCCGCAGGUGCCACCUCCCCCUGGGCGUGGCUGCAGGGCGCCCUGCCCCGCGCGCUCGCCUCCCUCAGAAGGCACCUCCCCAAGGCCGUGGUGGCGUUUGUCGUUUUGCUGCUGGGGUGCGUGGCGCUGAACGCGCGCAUGGAGAAGCGGGCGGCGCAGCAGAGGGGACAGGGACAGCACGUGCCUCCCGUGACGAUGGCGGUGAUGGAGGUGGAGCACAAGGCGGUGCGGCCGCUAGUGGCGGAGGUGCAGCGCGUGGGCAUGCGGGUGAGGGAGAUGGUGGAGAAAAUGCCGAAGCACGAGCCGAAUGAGGAGGAGGCGUCGCUGUAUGACGUGCUCUGGCUGCUGCUCGCCAGUGUGGUGUUUGUUCCGGCCUUCCAGAAGCUUCCCGGAGGUGAGUGGGGAGUGGUGAUUAGCGGCGUUGAGUGGCAGCCCAGUGCUGGGCUAUCUAGCAGCGGGCGCCCUCACCGGCCCAUACGCGCUGUCAGUCAUCAAGCAUGUGCACGGCACCAAGGCACUCUUACCACUCUCUCCACUCUCUCCCUCCCCUUUUCUCCCCACACCACAGGCAGCCCCGUGCUGGGCUACCUGGCAGCUGGUGCCCUGAUCGGCCCGUACGCACUGUCAAUCAUCAAGCACGUGCACGGCACCAAGGCGCUAGCAGAGUUUGGCGUCGUCUUUCUCAUGUUCAACAUCGGCCUCGAGCUAUCCCUAGAGCGACUCAACUCCAUGCGCAAAUACGUCUUCGGCCUUGGCUCCGCACAGGUGCUGGUGACAGCGGUGGUGGUGGGAGUGAGUGUGGCGCUGCUAGCAUCGGUGUCAGGCCCGGCUGCUCUCGUCAUUGGCAGCGGACUCGCCCUCUCUUCUACUGCCGUUGUGCUGCAGGUGCUGCAAGAACGAGGAGAGAGCACCUCUCGCCACGGCCGUGCAACCUUCUCGGUCCUUCUCUUUCAGGAUCUGGCAGUGGUCGUGUUGCUCAUCCUCAUCCCCCUCCUUGCACCCUCCCCGGCUUCUGCUGAUGGGUCCGUGGGUCUGGCAGCCAUAGCGAAGGCGCUGGGCCUGGCAGCGAUGAAGGCAGUUGUUGCCAUUGCGGGCAUUUUUGCAGGCGGCAGACUGCUGCUGCGUCCCAUCUACCGCAGCAUGGCGGAGAAUCACAACGCGGAGAUCUUUGCAGCCAACACGCUGCUAGUCGUGCUCGGCACCUCCGUGCUCACCGCACAGGCGGGCCUAUCAAUGGCGCUUGGAGCAUUUCUAGCGGGGCUGCUACUAGCAGAGACAGAGUUUGCUCUGCAGGUGGAGUCGGAUAUCAACCCCUACCGCGGCCUGCUGCUCGGGCUCUUCUUCAUGACUGUGGGCAUGUCAAUCGACCCCAAGCUGCUCAUAGCGCGCUUCCCUCUCAUCAUCGCAUCGAUAGCGGCGCUCAUUAUUGGCAAGACAGCGCUCAUAACAGCCAUGGGUCGCUCCUUCGGUCUCUCCACCAUCGCUGCUGUGCGCACUGGCCUGCUGCUGGCGCCUGGAGGAGAAUUUGCCUUUGUUGCUUUCGGGGAAGCCGUGCAAAAGGGCAUCAUGCCGGCGCAGCUCUCAUCACUGCUCUUCCUAAUCGUCGGCAUCAGCAUGGCCAUCACGCCCUGGCUUGCGGGUUUCGGUCAGCUGCUGGCAGCGCGGUUCGACCAGCAGGACGUGAGGAGCUUAGAGCCACAGGAGACAGAAACGGACGACCUGCAGGGGCACAUCAUCAUCUGUGGCUUCGGCCGGGUGGGGCAGAUUAUUGGGCAACUGCUAUCCGAGCGCCUCAUCCCCUUUGUCGCCCUCGACGUGCGCACUGAGAGAGUCAGUGCAGGGCAGUCCCUGGACCUGCCAGUGUAUUUCGGCGACGCGGGCAGCAGGGACGUGCUGCACAAGGUGGGGGCAGAGCGGGCUGCGGCGGCCGUCAUUACUCUCGACACACCCGGAGCCAACUACCGCGCGGUGUGGGCGCUGACUCGCAACUUCCCACACAUCAAGACGUUUGUGCGCGCCCAUGACGUCGACCAUGGGAUCAACCUGGAGAAGGCUGGCGCCACUGCUGUGGUGCCAGAGACGUUGGAGCCGAGUCUGCAGCUGGCUGCAGCCGUGCUCGCCCAGGCCAAGCUCCCGCCAGCGGAGAUUGCUGCCACACUGGACGACUUCAGAGUGCGACACCUGGCAGACCUCAACGAGACAUCAAUGGGCUUUGCAUCAUCAUAA